CAGAUCCCCCACUCCUUCAUACAGUACCAUCGUUCCCGGACCAUCCUCACCUCCGUCCAGCACACCGCCACUCUGCCUUUACCUUCCCUGUACCGGCUAGAGCCCAUUCCGCCAGCUCCGGUUUUUGCAAGAAUUGACCUUCCAUUCGCCGCCACCUGCUGGCUCACUCAAAUCACCUAAUUCCACCCAGUCCCUCCUCACUGAUCACCACCGUCACCCACUGCGCUUCGGGAUGGUUCCCCCACACUCCAGUUCCUCCUCGGAUGGGUGGAACUUCAAACGUUCCCACGCUGGUCCUGUUCACGGUUCCAAUAUGCCCAUCGACAUCCCCGAGACGUCUUACACCGACGAGUAUGACGACGGGGAUGAUAUCGGGGAGCUCCCAGUACCAUCUAAUUCUGGUUCCUCGCAUGGUGGGCAGGCAGACAAGGUUAUCAGACGUAGGAGCAGCAAAGCCUGUGAUCAAUGCAGGAAGAGUAAGUGCAAGUGCGAACGUACUACCGACGGAGCAGCUUGCAAAAACUGCACGAUGCUCGGCACCCCUUGCACUUUCCUCGGGCCCUCCCGUAAGCGUGGCCCUCCAAAAGGGUACAUCGAUGCCAUUGAGGCGCGCCUACACCAAACAGAGGCACUGCUCGGCAUCCUGCUUGCUCUAGAGGCCGACAGGUCUGAGAAAGGGAACAGCAGCAGGGAACGGGACGACGGUGCCGAGAAGGACGGAAGCUUAACUAGUGUCCUGGCUGCGCUAAGAAAGGACACACUGGCGAGGGAAAUUUUGAACCGCGUAGAUAUGACCCCUUAUGGCGUACGAGGUCGUAAAACUGGAAAGACCAAGUCGCGGUCGAAUGCCCAUUCCCAAGCUGGGAGCUCCGGUUCCUUUAAUCUUCAGACCACUCAUCCAUCUACGGAAUGGCAGGACGAAGUAGUCUCCAUUUUAUCUCGUACACUUUACACUAGGCCCUCGCGCACGAAAUUGGGCUCUUUCAAAACACUUCCCUCUCGAGAAGGGGAGCCAAACGUUGGAGAAAGCGAUCUACUAAGGAGACGACGACGACGCCUCGAAGGAGACGUCGAUGACCUCAGCAUCUGUCCAAGGGGAGGCUCCAACCCUCGUUCGCCUCUUCUAAGCGCUAGUCCUGGGUCCUCACCCGUCCUUUCUCGCGCGGGUGAAACUUCUGUGGUGUGCAGCGAAGCGGACGCUGGUGACGUGACUGAAGAGGACGUCACCGGUGCCUUUGGACUGCUGAGUCUCAACGAGGAUGAGCAAAUACGCUAUCAUGGGGAAGCCAGCGGGUUGCACAUUCUGGGCAUCAACGCCAAAGACGAGGCGAGGAACGAGGGUGGGAUUUGGCGUUUCCCAAAGGCCCGUGUUUGGCCGCCAAUCCCCGCCUCUUCUUCAAAUCCACCAACGGAUCAGUCUAUGGACACUGCGGCAGGGAACCCCGGACAUUUGUCGUUAUUUUCCUUUACGGAGGACAGCCUGGAGAUCCACUUACCCGACUCUUCCAUGCAGCAGCACCUACUUGAACUGUAUUUCACGUAUGUGCAUGCGUCGUUCCCAAUUUUGCAUAAGAGCGCGUUCUGGGAGUCAUACAAGAGUAUGCAAAAGAAGGACAGUCCUUCGUCUGAUGGAGAUGGUUGCGAGCACGAAUCCCGUACUUCGCGUUCACCUUUCACUCGCCUUCGACAUCACGCCUCUCCCUUACUUCUCUUGAGCAUGUUCUCCAUUGCGGCCCGCUACUCAGCGUUGUCAUCACCUCUGCCCACUACUCGUUCAUCGUCACCGUCUACGCGACCUCCAGAACCUCUUGAGAUGUGGGCUGCCGGCGACGAUCACUUCUCCCAAGCCAAGGUCCUACUCGACCGUUCUUACGCAUCAUCUCGACCAUCUACUGUUCAAGCACUGUUGCUACUCAGCUACCGUGAACUUGGCAUUGGUGCCAUGGCCCAAGCGUGGAUGUAUACCGGUAUGGCGGUGCGGAUGGCGCAGGACCUCGGCAUGCACCGCUCCGCGGACGGAUGGUCCCGUGCAAACUUUGGAAGGCUAUUCAGUGAUUGUGAACUGCAAGAGCGGAGGAGGAUCUGGUGGGGAUGCGACUGCAAUACGCAUUUGCCCAGCACGGACGAGUCGGAAGAGAUGGAGCCAUGGGCCACACAUGCUUCGGUGCCACCGGAUGUCAACGGCCAUGGGUACCGUCCGGAGGUGGAAGUCCCAAUACCAGUUACGGGGCACAUAAUCACAUGUUUCACCGCCUCUGCCACUCUUACUACUAUCCUUUCGCCUAUCCUGCGAUCAAUCUAUUGUAGUGGAACUGCUUCUUACCGCCACGCAGAAUUAAUUCGUCUGGAGAGCGAACUCGAUAAGUGGUAUCAUAAUUUACCAGGACAUCUCCGGUUUGAACUACGCCAUGAUUCAUCGGGAAACUGGCAUGUGCCGGACGGAAAGAGUGUUCCCCUUCCACAUAUCUUGACGCUGCAUAUGCAGUAUUGGUGCACGGCACUGCUACUGCAUCGGCCCUUCAUCCGUCAGGUGUAUAUGGGGAACAAGAAGAGAGGAGAAUCAUCAUCGAGUGACAUCGAAGGCCGCUCUUCUAGCGAGAAGAACUACGAGCUCUGCGUCGCAGCUGCGAAUCACAUUGCUUCUAUUGUCUCUUUCUAUCGAGAAAAGUACUGCCUACAGCGUGCUCCAAUGUUUCUGUGCUUCUACGUGUUCACAGCCGGAAUCAUGCACAUUACAAACCUGUCCUUGUGUCCUGAUGACCCGCAAGCGCAACUGGGCUUGGGCAGGUGUAUGCAAGCACUUGAAGACAUGGAGAUUGUUUGGCCGUCAGCAGCCCGCGCCCACGAGCUGCUGCGCACAUGCAAUCCUCUCUCGCAUUCUCCGCCCCGACCACGCCCCCACUACGCAGCUUCGCCGUCCGGUCAGAAGCGCACCGCCGAACACUUCAUUGAAACGGACGGAAGCCAAUAUGAUCAGCCCCGUUCUACACACGUGCCAACACUGUCCAGGGAUGCAAACCAUAUCGUACCAUCCCAGGCGCCAUACGCCCAAGCGUGGCGCUCUACGCAGUACGGCACUGUAGCUGGAGAUGCCAGCGCCACCCCCAGUCCGGACGAGUUUCCGCAGGGAGUUUCGCCAGGGCAACCUUCUUCGUUCUUUCCGUGGAAUGACGACGGGGGUAGUGGACCGUACUUGCCCUAUCCGGGGACAUUGUCCACGUCGGUGCUCUCUCAGACGUAUAGUACUGGACUGGUUGACGAUCGGAGGCAGCCACAGUCAGUGACAUCUCACCAUGGGCAAGGCCGGUUACACGGGCACUCAAACGAGGGUGAGCAAGGGUACGACCAAGUUAGCGGGGCACGGUAUCCUCAGUACUGGAAUGACUACACAUCAUUUGGCCAGAUGGGGAUCAUGUACUCCCAUCCCGAGAGCCGUCAUUCCAGCCAGCCACCUCAUCCGCCGCCUCAGGUCGAGAUGUACCUUAACGGGCAGUAUGGGAAUGUUUACAAUAAUCAUCCACCGUCAUGACUAAUUACUCCCCUUAAUGUGGGAUGACCCACUUAUCCGCUUUGAAUGUGUGCCCACUUAAAAUGGGGCACACGGAUCCAAAGGUCUCCGAUUGUUAUCCAUUGACCGAAUUUCUAGAGACUAUCGGACUCAUUCGUUGCUGUCUUAUUAUAUACCCAGGGCUUUAUUUGUAUAAUCUGGCUUGAUAUGCUUAACGUUUUAGGUUCCCUCUACUAGUUUGAUAUCCCGGCCGAAAGAGUGGCCAGAGUUGAUGUAUCAGUAGCUAUACCGAUUGUGUUUUAAUAGAAGAUACCCGCUCUCGAGACC